GGCAGUUCCCUCACACAUUUUUCCCAGCUCCAGUCACUGAUCAGGACUGCAGACGUGGAUUAUCUGAUCUCCUGUGGUUUCUAGAAGCAGGACAUCCAGGAGCUGGCAGGAGGGGAAUGAACCGAGAGGGCGUCCCCGGAAAGAGUCCGGAGGAGAUGUACAUCCAGCAGAAAGUGAGGGUGCUGCUCAUGCUCAGGAAGAUGGGAUCCAACCUGACGGCCAGCGAGGAGGAGUUCCUGCGCACGUACGCGGGGGUGGUGAACAGCCAGCUGAGCCAGCUGCCCCAGCACUCCAUCGACCAGGGUGCUGAGGAUGUUGUGAUGGCAUUUUCCAGGUCAGAGACAGAAGACAGAAGACAGUAACUGCAGGACACCUGAACAGCACAGAACUGGAGAGGACAGUGAGAUUCCUGAAGAUAGAGGAGGAUGGCUGAGCAUUAAUAAGUUCCUCUGCCCACCCUAAUUGUUCCUUGGUAUUCCUUCUCCUUUGUAUAUUGUUUCCCUUUGCCCAACCCUCAGAAUGCAUCUCCCAGCCAUCUGUUCCUGUCAGAUUUUGCAACUCAGCCGGGCUGUGUUCAUUCAGGACAAACCUGCAGGUGUGGUUUUGGUUGGCUCAAAGGGACAGGCUGUGGUUGGAUAAAGGAAGGCAAUUUUUCAAACUUGACCAAUGGAAACCUUUUAUCUCACGUUUUAUUUUAUAUUUUAAACAAAGUCUCUUGACAUCCUACUUCUAAAGAAGCUUUUCAUGCUGUGGUGCUUAUUUAGGUCAAACUUGUGAAUUUGAAGAGGGUUUGAUUUGGCUGCAUAGAACUGGAAGCAGCUUGUGGUUGGGUGACAAUGCAAAAGCUUUCCCUUCAGUUGGCUUGCAGGUAUUUUGCUGACUCCAACGUUUUCAUUGCAGGAAGCUGAUGUUUUGGUGCAUUGGUUGUUUCUUUAUACUUAUUGACUUGGGGGGGAAAAGACAAAUGUGCUUUGCAAUAUUUAUUACAUCUACACACAUAUAAACGCUUGCUUUUGGGGGUUGUUUUGGUUUUUUGAUUGGCUUUGAAGUCAUGGUUUGAUUUCCUUUCGGCUGCAGUGUUUCUGAUGCAAUCAGUUUUUCCAUACUCAGCUGCUCUCUGGCCUGGAGCUCUUUUGGGAGCAUGUGUCAAAGCAGAUUUGCUUCAAGAAGUUCACCUGGCCAGGCUGGAGGCCGGGCCUGCCCAGGCCUGGUGGGCACGGGGUGCCCAGCCCUGGCACUCCUGGCUGCUCCCUCAGAGGAGCUGCAGGUGCUUUGCAGCAAUUGCAAGAAUGAGAUCUAAGGCUGUGACGUGAAUUUGCCAAAUUUGUAUAGAGAAUAUGUGAACUUGUUUAAAAUACUGCAGAGUUCCACUUUAACCCUUUGACUGCUGCACAAGAGUAGCUCUCACAUUAGGAACAAUUAAUGAUCAUUAACUUAAAUCCAGCUUGCACUGGGCUUUAAUAAACUGAAGUUUCUAGUCACUUGAAUAAUUGUACAUGGUUUCCCUCCUUGCAGCUGCUUUGUGGUAGGGAAAUUCUCUGGAUGCUAGGACAGCAGCACGUUCCUGAGGCACUGUUCAGGAGGCAGCAGUGCUGCUUCAGGCUCUCCAGCCUGAGUGUACAGGUGACACUCUCAGGGUCACUCUGCAGCUGCAGGGCCUCCAAACACACACACAGACCUGACAGACUGAGAAACCUGCACUGGAAGUCCCGAGGUGCACUGACUGCUCAGGGUCUGCACACAGGCUCCAGCACUGCUGCCCAAAACCAAGCACUUCAUCUCCUCUCACGUGUGCAGGUGGUUUUUACAAAACUUCUGGGUUUUGCUGUGGGUUGCACUGACUUGAGAUGUUUCAGAAUCUAUUAAAGCUGAACUCAAUUUACCUGUUCCUGGUUCUUUUCCUAUGGUUGUUAAUUAUUUACAGUGACAAUUCUAGAAUCUAACUGUGAGAACGUGACCAUUUUCAUGGCCAGAAAUUCUGCUGACAGGAUGCUGUUGUGGUCUCAAAAUGGGGGAAAAGCUGGAGAGAAACCGUGGACUGUCUGCAAAAGGAAGAAUGCACAAGGAAGAAAUUAUCUGGAGCAAAUAAAUACUGUGUAAUGAGAGCAACUGUACAUCUAUUUAUGAAAAUGCUCCUUUUGAUUCAGUUGCAGCUUUGUAAAGUUCUAUGUGAAAGUAAAUCUUUUACCCCUUUUUGUUGGGGCCAGAUAAGAAAUGUCUUUAUUAAAAUAAACCAGGAAUGAGCCCAAAGGA